UUUCUGCUUGCAGCCUUCUGUUGUACAACUUACUUCUUUCACUUGGGCCGAUAGAUUUCCAGUGAAAUGGCUGCACUAAUCAGGAGGAUUAUCAGCACAGCUAAAGCUCCUGCUGCUAUCGGUCCGUACAGCCAAGCAGUGGUGGUGGAUCGAACCAUGUAUAUUUCAGGACAGCUGGGAAUGGACCCUGCCAGUGGACAGCUGGUGGAAGGUGGUGUUCAGGCUCAAACCAGACAGGCUCUGGUGAAUAUGGCUGAAAUACUCAAGGCUGCUGGGUGUGGUUACACCAACGUUGUCAAAACCACAGUGCUCUUAGCCGAUAUGAACGACUUCACCAGUGUCAAUGAUGUGUACAAGCAAUUCUUUAGCGCCAACUUCCCAGCCAGGGCUGCCUAUCAGGUCGCUGCUCUCCCUCGAGGUGGACUGGUUGAAAUUGAAGCAAUUGCUGUUUUGGGCCCUCUGACCGACACUUCCUAACAAGUACAUUAAACAAGCAAAAACUAGAAAGAGCUAAAACCACUGAAAAGUGUGAAACUGAUGUAAUUAUAGGUCUAGUAUCAUCAGCGAUUUAGCGCUGUUUUAACAUGCCACAGGUCACCUAGCAGACUAACAGCAGUCAGGUGUGGAGCACUUUCUCCUCCCUCACUGACAAUGAUGAGAUGUAUUUGAAGACAGCACUGCAUUUUAAAUCCACUCUGCUCACAUUUCACUUACAAUAGCUGAGAAGUACCUAAGCUUGUUUGUUGGAUUGGAUUACACUACCGUCCUGUGUUGUCAUCAUGACAGUGUAUCCUCUCUCUUUGUACCAGGUGAUAGAUGAUCGAGCAUAACUGAAUAAUAAAAGGUUUUAAUUUUC